AUGAGCAAAAACUUCGAAAUCGCCAUCAUCGGAGCCGGCAUCGCAGGCGCCACUCUCGCAAUCGCCCUGCACCACCGCGGCCUCAAAGUCACAAUCUACGAAGCCGCGCACGCCUUUGGCGAAAUCGGUGCAGGAGUCUCCUUCAGCCCCAAUGCCAUCGGAGCCAUGAAGAUCUGCCACGACGGAGUCUACGAAGCAUUCACAAAAGUCGCAACAUGCAACAAGUGGGAGUCCAAACAGAAAGUGUGGUUUGAUUACGUCGAUGGAUAUAGCAAGACCAGAGCUGAUGGUACCGCAUUAACGGCCGAGGAGACGCCCGAUAUUGCAUUUACGAUAUCCAACAGUCUCGGUCAGAAUGGUGUGCAUCGUGCUCGGUUCUUGGAGGAGAUGGUUCAUUUGAUUCCCGACGGCGUUGCGCAUUUCGGUAAACGUGUUACUACCAUUGACGAGCCUGCGACGGAGGGCGGCAAACUGGUUAUUCAUUUCACAGAUGGCACAACUGCUGAAACUGAUGCGAUUAUUGGUUGCGAUGGAAUCAAGUCCGCUGUGCGACGCCACAUGUUUGGUGAAGAUAGCCCUUAUGCUUGGCCUGGUUACUCGCACAAGUACGCUUACCGUGGACUGGUGCCGAUGGAAGAUGCCGUUGCAGCUAUUGGAAAAGAAAUGGCUGAGAAUUCGUAUAUGCAUAUGGGACCUGAUAGGCACAUCCUGACCUUCCCCGUCAACAAGGGCGAGACACUGAAUCUGGUCGCUUUCCGCACAACAACAGACGAAUGGGAAGACCGUGUCCAUUUGACCAAGCCUGCACGUCAAGAAGAUCUCCUAAAAGACUUCGAGGACUGGGCACCCUACAUCCAGAAACUCUUGAAACUCACUAAGCCCGAGUUGGACAUCUGGGCAAUCUUCGACCUAGGUGACCACCCAGUCCCCACCUUCUCCCAAGGUCGCAUCUGCAUCGUCGGCGACGCUGCACACGCUACAUCCCCUCACCACGGCUCUGGUGCGGGUUUCUGUAUCGAAAGCAGCGCCAUUCUCGCCUCCAUGCUCGCAUCUGACAAGGUCUCUACUGUCGCCGAUGUACAAACCGUCUUUGAAACCUUUGACGCCGUGCGACGCGAACGAUGCCAGUUCCUUGUUCAGAGUAGUCGAUUCUCAGGUGACUGCUACGAGUGGCGCGCUCCUGGCGUCGGAAACGAUUUCAAAAAGAUUGAGCAGGAGAUCAACAGGAGACAUGCGAUUAUUUCGGAUGUGCAGGUUGGGGUUUUUAUCGAUCAGGCGGUUACGGAGUUGAAUAAACGACUUUCUGCUUGA